AUGCACUUCUUUCAAGACGCCCAUUCCCACCUUUCUUUCCCCGUCAUCUUCGCAUCAAUACUUCCAGUUCACCUCUCCAAUCCCAAUUUCAGAUCAGAUCACAUCACAUAACCCUAAAAGUUUAGUUUAUCAUCGUCUUCUACAAACUCCUAAAUUUUCCAUACUUAGCAUCCAAUGUAUCCAAUCUUUUAUAAAAAGUGUCUUACACGACAUUGAAAGAACAAGUCAAACUCAAACAACAACUGGGAUUUUGCUGUCAUUCAAUGGAGUCAUCUGGGUUUUUUGUAAUCUGUCUUUUGCACUCCUUGAUCGCGAUAUGUUGUGGUAGUUUGAUCAUGUUUUACCUCGAUGAGAUCUCGGUGUUCGGGCAUGGCAUUGAGACUGCUAGGAAACUGUCGGGAUCCACUCCGCAUGAUCAGUUGUUGAUACAAACUUCGCAUUCGUUUGUGGGAUUCCUGCUUUGUGGGAUCGGGUUCAUAUAUUUUAUGGUUGCAUUUGUUAAAGAUCGGGAGUUUCAUGGGUUUUUUGCUAAAGGGUGUGUGGUGCUUCACUUGUCAAUGGCUGUUUGGAGAGUUUACUUUGAGAGGAGACUUGAAGAUUUGGCGAGAGAUUGGCCGAAGCAACUUGUUGGGGAUACGAUGCUCGCCAGUUCUUGGGUCAUGUUUUUGGUGUAUUCUUGGAGAGAAAAGUAUGAUUAGAAGUUGGAACUCAUUGGCAUUGAUUUGUUUUGUAUUUGGGAUAUGGAUUGAUAGUGAGCAUAAUGUUCAAACC